UUAAAUGACAGAAAAUGUAUUGUAUAAAAAGAAAGUAGAUUUUCUGGGAGUUUUCUGUACUGAGUUUAGAACCUGAAAUAAUUCAGAUUUUACCUUUAAAAUGGACAACAUUGGAACUACCCAAAUUAGGACAUCCAUGCAGCGUAUCUCAGAGUCGGUAUUUAUUGGAAUGUGUCAUAAACUCGGAACCUCACAGCAGGUGGCCAUGAGGAGAGAUGUGAUGGAAAUGGGUGAUAUGGUAAGGAGUCAAAAAGUUGCUACAGUAAGUAGUUCUACGGGUAUGUGCUGUUGAGUGGGAGUCAAAGAGAAGGGUUCAGACUCAUAGAAUCCGAUCAUGACAUGAUGCUAUGGCGAGCUGAUCACCGUGUGAUCUGGGAAUUAUCCCAGUCUCAGUAUUACAACACACAGAGACAAACUCUUAUCCUCUGUGACUGUUCUGAUAGUCCUAAAGGAUACGCUUUGCUAUAUUUACUGUCACCAAGCAAGCUUAGAAAAGUCCAGUAUGCUUGUAUUAGAAUGAAUGAUAGACAUUAUAUAUCUAGUUCCAAUUAUAGACAGAUCGCGUGCACCCUACCUACACCUAUUUACAUGUCUCCACAUGGACCAUGUGCCAGUGGAUCUAUUGGACCACUUGAAUUUGACAAUGCCCACUGUUUUGUUAGUGACUUUUGGCCUCCAUCUGUCUCUUCUUGGAUAGAGAGAUGUCACUCAUGGCCCCAGCCUCAUAUUGUGGAUGAUGUAGUGAAACAUGGGUGUCACCUAGUACCAAUAGGACAUAAACUUGGGAGAAAUGAAGACAAUGAAUGGAGAAUUUCUUUCUCACAGGCGGAAUGUAAACUCGUCUAUGCCAUGAACCAUUGCCAGUUCUUAACCUACGGUUUGCUGAAAUUGUUUUUAAAGGAAAUUCUUAACAAUGGCUUAAAUGACGAUUGUAAAUUGCUUUGUUCCUAUCACAUGAAGACAGUAGUUUUUUGGGUGAUUCAACAAAAUAUAAUUCCUCACUGGUGUGCACAAAAUCCCUUGGACUGUUUCUGGGUCUGUUUUAAGCUAAUUCUUAAAUGGGUGCAUGAGGGGGUCUGUCCCAACUUCUUCAUUCCAACAAAUAACAUGUUUCUGAGUAAGAUUCAUGGUGCAGCACAACAAUAUUCAUUCAAUAGAUUGUAUGAGUUGUAUGGGAGAGGGUUUGCAUUCCUGCUACACAGUCCCUCUAUUAGAUCUUCUAUUAUUACUGCCAUUUAUAACCCUAGAUACCCUAUCCAGAAACUAUGUACAGAUGAGCACACUCUGAUUUCUGAAAAUGAAUUUGAUAUUGAGUUGUUUACAGAAAUACAACGUAAUGAUUCAAUAUUAAUCUACAAAACACCUCUACAGACCUGCAUAAUGUACCUACAAAAAAUAGAACGGUUGAUUAGUGCACAUCCCAUGACACAAUAUCAAAUUAUUAUGGUGCAGAAAUUAACAGUCUCUAUCCUUCAGAACCUAGCUUUCAUAUUACCAUUACACACGAUGAGUUGUGCAUUUGAAAACAAACUAAGGUAUAGAGCUGACAAAAUUUCCCGUUACAUGUUGAAAAUAGCAGCAACGUUUGGUUGUAUCUCAGACUUGUUGUUCAUGGCUAUGUAUUAUUACAAGACAAACAGAUACAGGAAAGCUUUAUUUAUUAUAGACGUGGUAAAGCUUAAGUUAGCAAACCCAUGUGUAAUGUAUAUGUAUAAUGUAGAUGCAGAGAAAUAUACAGAGGCUGUAGGGGGACAGUCUUGGUUUACAAAGAUGAGACACGCUGUAGCAGGAGAUGUCACACUUGUAAACAUGAUCCAUUAUAUUUGUGAUUUAUUACCAGAACAACAAUAUGGUCUAGAGAAUACGACUUUUUCCUUAUCUGUCCCACUCUUUGUGCUAUUGAACAUGUUAGAUAUCCUUUGUUGCAGACAUAUAGAUACAAUUAGAGCACAAACAGCUCUAAAUGAUCUACAGACCCUAGUUCACUAUGAUCGUGGACAACUUAUAUACAGAGAUUUUAAGGACAUAUCAUGGCAGAUUCUGGGGAUCUGUCAGCAGGUGACAGGGAACCUCCAGGAUGCUUGGUACUCAUACCAACGAUCUCUGAGACAAAGUCAUUUAAUAAAUAAAAUACAAACAGCUACAAUAAUGAGGAUACAAGAUAUUUGUCAGUUAAAUUCAUUGAUUAAUAUAUUUUUAUAUAUCUCAAGCAUAUGUAUAUAAUAUAUAAUCUAUAAAGUUUCCUGUUUUCAUUCUGAA